AAAAUUGCAAACAAAGAAAGAGAGGGAUUCGAAAACCCUUGAAAAACCCUCUUCAAGGGUUGGUUCUAUGCGGUUUAAAAUCUUGAAACAGCAAUAACAGGAGAAAAAGAAGAGGAGAGAAAUGAACAGGGCAUCCCCACACCACGAAGAAGAAGAAGAAGAAGAAGAGAACGACACCCAAGUCUUUCUCGACGAAUCCGACAUCAUCCACGAAGUCCCACUUGACGAAGAAGAUCUUCCUGAUGCAGAUGACGAAGCCGCCUCUGAUGCUGAAGUUUUCGAGGAGCCUGAUGAUGAUUCUGUGCACGUCUUCACUGGUCAUACUGGUGAGCUGUACACAGUUGCCUGCAGCCCAACUGAUGCUACAUUAGUGGCAACUGGAGGAGGAGAUGAUAAAGGUUUUCUUUGGAGGAUUGGUCAAGGAGAUUGGGCUUUUGAGCUCCUAGGUCAUAGGGAUUCUGUUUGUAGUUUAGCCUUUAGCACUGAUGGACAGUUGCUAGCAUCUGGAUCCUUGGACGGAAUCAUUCAAAUCUGGGACGUACAGUCAGAAAAUCUCAAAUGCUCAUUUGAAGGGCUUGGAGGGGGCAUUGAGUGGAUCAAGUGGCAUCCGAGAGGACAUUUGGUAUUAGCUGGCUCAGAGGAUUGCACUGUUUGGAUGUGGAAUGCUGACAAAGGUGCCUGUCUCCAGACAUUUUCAGGACAUGGUGGCAGUGUCACUUGUGGUGAUUUUACCCCCGAUGGUAAACUAGUCUGUACUGGUUCUGAUGAUGCAACUUUGAGGAUAUGGGAUCCAAAAAGUGGUGAAAACAUUCAUGUGGUAAGAGGUCAUCCGUAUCAUACUGAAGAACUUACAUGCAUGGCGAUAAGCCCUGAUUCUACACUUGCCCUUACUGGUUCUAAGGAUGGUUCCGUCCACAUUGUAAAUUUAACAACCGGGAAGGUUGUCAGUUCACUGGUUUCACACUCAGAUUCGAUUGAAUGUAUUAGUUUUGGACCAAGCCACGGGCCAAGCUUUUCUCGCUCCACCAUGCCUACCUGGCACUCUCAGUCCUCCGCUCCUUCGUGGUGCCUCCCUCCACUCCACUCUCCACAAGGCCUGCUCUGACCUUUUCAAGAAGCUCUGUGACCUCACCUUUAUCGAUGACCUCAAAAGGCUCAAUCUUGCCAAGGUUGCCCAACUCCAAUAUGAGAUUCUCACUCCUUGCAAGGAGUUCGACCUCACUGACAUUGAUGUCAUCAAUGAAAGGCCCAGAUUCAUCAAGGAAACCGGGGAUAAACUCCAAUCCAAAGUGUGGGUAUUUUGAAUGAGUGCCUCAAUACUCUAAAAGAAGAGAUGGAGUUGAUUUAUAAAAAUAUUGAGUGCUUUGUGCAUUGAGGCUUGUUGGCCUUCGUGUGUUGUUUUCUCCUUUUCUCUCUUUUCUUCUCUGUGUAUUCUACUCUUUCUUGUGAUAUUGUUGACAGUACUGUUCAUACAGCCCCUACUCAACAUAAAAUUCCCUCUUUUCCAUCUUCCUUACAGCCCCAAAUCAAACCUUUUUUACUUUUCAAAACCCUAAAUCCCACAUAUUUCUACCAAAUGGCCAUCAAAUGAGUCAUCAAAUCACUUUUUAAUCUUAACACAACUCCAAAACUCUUUUUUCAACAAUAUGUAACCAUAGAUCUACAAAUUCUCGUAACCCUAACCCCACAACUACCACAUAUAGACAAAUUUUUUUAUGUCAACGAAUUCUGUUUGUGAGAUGUCUGCAAUGACUAAAUUGAAACAAUGUAAAAAAAAUAUUUAAAAUCAAGGACUAAAUUGAUACAAUUGAAACUUUGAGAACCAGAAUGAAACCACCUCCAUAUAUAUAGGAACCAAAAGUGAUUUUUUAACAAAAUACUAUUACAUUUGUUAAAUAUAAUCCUAUCAACACAAGUUUGGGUCCAAGUCACCAAAAGGUGAAUCUAAAAGACCCACAGAAAUCAAAACUGAUCCAACCCAGAAAUUCACAAAUCAAAAGGCAGAAGCCAACUAAGCUGCUACUAAACAAACUUAUGGCCAAAAAAAAAAACCUUCAGCUUCUAACUCUAACAUGCUAAGUUUCCAAGCUAAUAUUAUCCAGUAAGCUCCAGAGUUAUCAAGCUCCCAAAUGGCAUGCAUUAACCUCAGAUCAAUUUUCUAUCAAUUUGAUGCUUCACUUCAGGUGAAGUCACUAACAAUUCAUUUGGUCAAAUGGUAUUUCUUGGUGCUUCCAAUGGAGAUGUACAGGGCUUGAAUCCUCCCUCCUCCACUUUUGUGUAUAAAAAAAAGGUUAGGCAAGACAAUACAGCCAUGAAGCUCCUACAAGAGCUGUUUAAAAAUUUGUUUGGAAAGCUGGGGUUUAGGAGUCUUACCUUCAAAUCUUUGAUAGUUCAAAUGGAUUUCUUGAAUCAAAACUAUCUAGAUUGUAAGUCUCACUUGUUAGCAUCACUUGGUCACAACAAGAAUUUGAUUUUUUUUUUUUUUUUGAUAAGUAAUAAAGAUUCAUUGAUAUCAAAAAGAGAGAGACACCCAAGUACACCAGGGGUAUACAGGGGAGAACAAAUCAAAAACAAACAUUACAAAAAUCAAGAAAAUCCAAAAUAGAAGAAAAAUGAUGGUUUCUCCACACAGAGAACCAAUCAAGUAAGGUUCUAAAGAAAAGAAGCUUGAGAUCAGGCAUGGAAUGCUCCUUGACUUCAAAACACCUACUAUUUCUCUCAUUCCAAAUACACCACAUCAAACAGUGAGGAACAACCAUCCAAAUAUCUCCAUUACGAUGGCGGCCAAAACGACCUUGCCAGCAAGCCAAAAGCCCAACAACAGAGAAUGGCAUAACCCAGCAAACUCCAAAUAACCCAAAAAUCAUAUCCCACAACUCCAAAGUUACUGGGCAAUGAAGGAAAAGAUGGUCAAUAGUUUCACUAUUACACUUGCACAUAUAACACCAAUCCAAAAUGCAAACCUUUCUUUUCCUUAAGUUAUCAAUUGUCAGGCAUUUCCCCAAGGCUGCGGUCCAUACAAAGAAAGCCACUCUAGCGGGAAUCUUCUGCUUCCAAAUGCUUUUCCAAGGGAAAAACUGCUCACUAUGGCCAUCUAGAAGAUGGUAAUAAGCAUUGACCGUGAACCCCUUACUCUUACAAAGCAGCCAAUAUCUCUUAUCUUCCCCAUUCCCCCUUAUAGGAGUGCAAUAGAUGGAAUUGAUGAAGCUUUUGAAAGCUUCCAAUUCACGAUUAUGCACCUCCCUGCAAAACUAAAAAUCCCAAUGGAGGACUCCAUUGGUGAACCUCAUUAGAUCCGCCGCACUUGCCUCUUUGUUACAACAAAUCCUAUAUAAAUCAGGAUAGUGGUCUGCGAGAGGAGAAGAUCCACACCAACGAUCUAGCCAAAACUGCACUUUUGAUCCAUCUCCAAUUUCAUACAGAAUAAACCGAGAUAAAGAGUGCCACUCCCUUCUAAUAUUUUUCCACAAACUAACUCCAUAAGGACCAGAGAAAGAGCUAGAACACCAACCACCCCAAUCACAACCAUACUUCACCUCUAUCACUUGACGCCAUAGAGCAUCCCUCUCUUGCCCAAAUCUCCAUAACCACUUCCCUAAUAAAGGUACAUUGAAGGUUUUCAGGUUCCUAAUCCCCAACCCACCUGAAGAAAGCGGAGUACACACUGUAGACCAAUUAACCAAAUGAAAUUUGGGCUCGUCUCCUAGGCCACCCCAUAAAAAGUCCCGCUGAAGUCUAGCAAUUCGGUUGGCCACAGAAGCGGGAAUAGGGAAUAAAGAAAGAAAAUAAGUAGGGAGAUUAGAGAGAGUGCUUUUAAUUAAAGUGACUCUACCUCCCUUGGAUAAAUAUGAUUUUUUCCAACUUGCUAAUUUUCUUUCCAUCUUCUCUAGAAUAGGAUUCCAAAUAGACUUGUCCUUAAAUUUUGCCCCCAAAGGAAGACCCAAAUAUUUCAUUGGGAGAGACCCUUGCUUGCAGCCUAAGACAGCCACCAAAAGAUCCAUGUUAUGAACUGCCCCCACAGCCACUAGUUCAGACUUAUCCAAAUUUACCUUCAGACCAGACACAACCUCAAACCAAAUGAGCACCAUACGGAGAAUCAGAAUUUGAUCAAUAUUAGCAUCACAAAAAAUCAGAGUAUCAUCAGCGAAAAGGAUUAUAUUCUGGAUAAAGUUUUCCAACAAGGCGAAUUAGAAUUAUUGAACCUGCACUGAUUAUCAGCCCAAUAAGCAAACUUGAUAGAAAAUUUACCCUAACACUGACAUUAGGAACACAUGAAUUCUAAAACUGAUGCAAUAUUUAAUUGAGGGUCUACUGAGCGUUCCCAUAGGAGUCCAUCAAAUCAAUGCAUCCGAUCCCUUGUCUGCUUGAUGUCAUCAUGGGUUUUGACUGGCCAUAAUCCACUCUCUGGACCUUGUUAAGUUAUGCUAGUUUAAAUAUUGGAUCCGUCAGACUUUCUGAAUUGAAUAGCUCAAUUAUUAAUUGCUCCUGAAUGGGCUGGGAGAAUGGUGAGAGAUGCAAUGCAGGACUGCUUUAGUGCUUUAACCAAGUAAGAACUACAGGCACGUUUGGUAUGCUGUAAUAGAUAUUGUAAUGGAAUGGUUAUUCAUGUGUAAUAACUAUUUGGUUAUUUGAUUGCAUCUUUAUUACAAUAAAUAGUUAGUCCUUGGUAAUAGCUAUUCCUUAAAUCAAGGAAUAUUUAUUACUUCCUAAAAUAAUUGUAAUAGUCAUUCCUUAAUACAUGUAACAACUUUUAAAAUCAAUAUAUUUCCAAAAAAUAUGAACUUUUCAUGUGCAUCGUCUUUUACAAACUUUUAUACGUGACAACCACAUUUAAGAAUAGGAAUAGUUAUUUCAUUACAACAUCUUUUAUUCCCAGUAAUAAUAUUACAAUUCUUGACAUAAUCUCUAUUUAGUGUACCAAAUGUGCCCUUAAAAAUUAUGCAACUAUGAAGAUAUAAAAUCAUAAGAUCUUGUACAUGUUUUCACAAUUUCUCUUCUCCUAAAAAGAAAGCUCAUCAAAGAAAAAAAAAAAAAAACACUUUUCGAAUUUUCAAUUGAUAUAAAUUUUGUUUGGAACUUGGUUUU